CCAUAUUCGUCGUCGCCGACGGCGAUGGGAGGGCGGCCUCGGAAGGCUCGGUUCGGGGCCAGUUCAUGGAUGUGUCUGGGUCUCGACCGCCUCUCAUGAAAGCAGCCUUGCCAGUUCAGUUCGGUCAUGCACCUAAUAGUGUGUGUGAGAGAGAGAGAGAGAGAGAGAGAGCACAUUUUUGGUUCCAGCCUGCGAUGAUUUGGCUGUAGUGAACUUUUUACUUCGAGCGGGGGGAGUGAUUGGGCGAAUCGCGCGUGUAGCACGAUAGAAGGGCUUACUCUGUCGAGACUGAAGUAGGAUCGUAAAUGGAAGAACCUACUCGAAGAAGUUGUCAGGUAUAGUCCCAAUUACAACUUCACAAGCUGGUUACAAACUCCCACCGUUUAAAUUUGGGCUCAACAUCGAGAUUUGCGAAUUAACCUAUUUAUGACAUGUGAGGACUGAAGCAUGGAGGGAAGUAGUAACUAUGACCGUGCUGUAUGGAUGGCACUGGCCAUAUCUGCUGGUGUAGCAGCUGGAACAGCGGCAGCAGUGACAGUCAGUGCGUUUCCUUAUGCAUUUGGUGCGGCUUUUACUGCUUUUAAGUCCAAAAGAAAGAAGGAAUCCAGGGAUCAUCGUUAUCGGUAUAAGUCUGAUAAAACCAAGAGGUCGUCCGCUAAACCUAAGGAAAAUCAGGCUUACAGGGAUGCAGUACGACGAUGCUUGUUGGAGUGGAAGGACAUCAAUAUUUCCCUUGAUGAAUUUCCGUACUUCCUAAAUGAGAGCACGAAAACUGUAUUACUGGAUUCCAUGUAUGUCUUUCUGAAGAAGCCAGAAUUCUCUAAAUACACAAAUGAAUUAGGGAGUGUCAGCCCACGCAUCUUGUUGACUGGCCCCCUUGGUUCUGAGAUUUACCAAGAAAAGUUGGUGAAGGGAUUAGCUCAACAUCUACAAGUCAACAUUCUCGUAUUUGACAGCACACGUGUCUUCUUGGAGGCAAGUCAAGCAGUCCCUGCUGUUAUGGAGAGGGUAGCUGAGGAUUCGUCAGUUGCAAACCAGCAUUCUGCAGAUGCCCCUACGAUCCAACUAUUGGACGGUUUAAAUGGUGAUAUCAAAGAGACGACUGGGGUACAUACCCGACCCGCGAUACAAGAGACGAGGUCAUCAGAAACCUCUUGCAAAAUUUUAAGGACAACAUCGUCCACGGGUCCUACUAAAGACUCAGGACCUGAGGGAAGUAGUUUGGGACCGUUGGCUCCGUUGCGUACGAAAACUAAAGGAGACCCGAAUGUGGAUGCAAAGACUCUAGCGAAUGCUGUAGCAGCAGCUGCCGCUGCUUCUGCUACUUCUGUUGAGUCACGUCGGUCUUUAAAGAAGGGUGAUCGAGUCAAGUAUAUUGGAGUUUCCAGUUCAGGUUUGGCUGGGGGACUUGCGCUGAUUAGCCAUUCUCCCACCUCUGGAAGAGGACCAUCGAUUGGAUCGAAAGGCCGGGUCCUCAUGGUGUUGGAAGAUAAUCCCAAUAAAGUUGGGGUACGUUUUGAAAAGCCUGUGUACGGUGGUAAUAAUCUGGUUGAUCUAUGUGAAGAUGGCCAUGGGUAUUUCUGCAAUGUGUCAGAGCUUCGGUUGGAGCCUCCUGGAGAAGACAUAGACAAAUUGAUAUUGGAGUCGCUUUUUGAUAUUCUGAAGACGGAAGCUCAAAAGGAUCCUUUGAUUCUAUUUAUCCGGAAUGUUGAGAAGUCUAUUUUGGGAAAUUUCGAGCGUUACAUGAAACUUGAGACUUUGAAAGAUUUACGGUUGGUGGUCAUUGGGUCACAUACAAGUGAUCAGCAGAAAGAAAAGGGUAGUGCGAGUUCUUCAACUUCUACAAAAGUUGGGAAUAACGUCACUGCCCUCUUGGAUCUUUCCUUUUUGGAUCAUUUAGCGUCCCGCAUGGAGGACUAUAAAGGGGACGGUUCGAAGGCUUCGAAAAUGCUUUUCAAACUAUUUCCCACCAAGAUUCACCUCCAGCAACCUCAAGAAGAAGCUUUGUUGGCUGAUUGGAGCAGGCAAUUAGAGCUUGAUGCUGAGGAGUUGAAAGCAGAGGCGAACAGACAGCAACUUCGCAUGGUUAUGGGAGCUUCAGGCGUAGAGUGUGAUGAUCUUGCAAGCAUUGAUAUACGAACUUACCUUCUCACAAAAGAAAUGUCGGAAAAGGUUGUGGGCUGGGGCGUUAGUCACCAUUUACAAAAUCAGGCUGAGCCGGUUCUCCGCAACAAGAAGCUUGUUAUAGAUGCACAAAGUUUGCAGCACAGCUUAACAGAAUUGCAGUCCGUUCAGCGGAGUCCUGCUCGGAAGAAGAGCUUAAAGGAUGUUGUCACUGAGAAUGAGUUUGAGAAGAUGCUCUUGCCGGAGGUUAUCCCACCUGAUGAGCUUGGGGUAACCUUCGACCACAUCGGUGCCUUGGAUAAUGUGAAAGAAACCUUGCGUGAGUUGGUAAUGCUUCCAUUGCAGCGCCCGGAGCUCUUCGUCAAAGGUCAGCUGACUAAGCCAUGCAGAGGCCUUUUGCUGUUUGGACCACCAGGCACAGGCAAGACUAUGCUAGCUAAGGCAGUCGCAACAGAAGCAGGGGCUAACUUUAUAAAUAUUUCCAUGUCCACUAUUGCUUCCAAGUGGUUUGGAGAAGCUGAGAAGUAUGUAAAAGCAGUUUUUACAUUGGCAAGCAAGAUUUCACCGAGCGUAAUUUUUAUUGAUGAGGUGGACAGUAUGCUUGGACGACGUGGUAAAGAUUCUGAGCACUCGGCUAUGCGUAAGCUGAAGAACGAGUUUAUGGCUAGCUGGGACGGUUUGCGUACUAGAGAAAGGGAGCGCGUGCUGGUUUUAGCAGCGACCAACCGACCAUUUGAUCUCGAUGAAGCUGUAAUUCGGAGAUUUCCACGCAGGUUAAUGAUAGAUUUGCCAGAUGCAGAUCAACGUGUCAAAAUUAUGAAAGUCAUCUUCGCGAGAGAGCGAGAGAGCGAGAGAAGAGCUACCACUAGCGAGAAACAGGUGUAUUUGAUUAGUACUCUGUCAUAUUAUGUGCUAAUAGUUAUUUUUACUCUACAGAGUUUAUGCACAACUGCUGCAUACAGGCGGAUAAGGGAAUUGCUCGAUCAGGAAAAGAAGGAUAAAGAGAGUGCUAAGGCAGCCGGCGUUGAGCCCCCUCAAGUUGAAGCUGGAGUUACGCCUUACAUCCGUCCCUUGAGCAUGGCCGAUAUGCGUCAGGCUAUGGAGAAGGUGAGGUCCAGUGUAGCAUCAGAUGCUGGGAGCAUGUUGGAGCUUCAGCAAUGGAAUGAGCAAUAUGGAGAGGGUGGAACACGCAAAAAGACCACUCUGAGUUAUUUUAUGUAAUAUUUUUGUUUAUUCUCGGGCACGGCACAACCCUACCUGUCAAGUGAGCAUUUCAGGAAAUAGCAUGCAGGAAUACAGUCGUUUUCAGACUAGCCAGGCUAUUGCAUGUUCAGUAUCAAUUCUAAACGAUGCUCUUUCAGAAGCACCGCGUUGGAACCGUGAGCAGAACUGCUACAAAGUUACGAGUCCCUAGAAGGUUGUAGCACAUGGUCUUUUUGGCAUUCAACGUCGGAGUUUAUAUGGUGUGUCAACCCUUGGCAAAGUUGCGGUUUGAUGUGUUCGUUCACCACCUAAGUAAUGCGAGGAAGGAAAAAAUCAAUGGAUUAUCAAAACAACAGCUGCAAGUUUUCCAAUCACAUCGUGACAAGAAAAUUAUGACAUCCCUCGUUGUAAACCUUGAUGCUGUAUUUUGAAGGUCGUUAUUCUCAGACCUUUUUCUCUUUA